GCUCGUGCUCUGCGAGGCAAUUCAUUGCAGUGGUUCCGCUCCAGCAUUCAAUCGGCAAAUACUUUCAUAGGUAGUGCGUCGUCUCACGGAUCGAUCUGUUCCGAUACAUUUUGACGGAGGUUUCGAAUACUGAGGGUUACAGCAUCGGUAAGGCGCUCCAGCUCCAGCAGAGGACAGGAUGUCAUGGCUUCUGAAUGCUUUCAAAAGCAUUUCGGUUGAGUACGUCAUGCUCAUCGACGGUGCUUGCGGCCAGGCAAUGCUGCUUUUCCUCGAAAACAUUCAGAUGAAUAAGAUAUGUUCUGUUAACCUUGGUUUUUCAGCCAAAGUAUGUGAAAACUUAACAGAUCAUCCAGAGGAGAACGUGUUCGUCCAAAAGGAGUUCAGUCUAUUUUCCUUUUACAACAGCAUCCUUCUUUCUGUCCCAUCUCUGGUAUUUGUGCUCUUCACUGGAGCAUGGAGUGACAAAUAUGGGAGAAAGAUUCCUCUCCUGUUCACCAUCCUGAGCCACAUGGUGUUUGCUGCGGGGUAUCUGCUCAACAACUGGCAAACUUCUUGGCCCGUGGAAGUUAUCUAUGUGGUGACAUUCUUAGAGGCACUUGGGGGAGGUAAAAUGGGUCUUUUCACUGCAGCCAUGAGCUACAUUAGCGACAUCUGUCCAGAGAAAAGUCGUACGUCACGUAUCAACAUAGCCAAUUCUAUGUGGUACCUAGGUGGUCCUCUAGGCACCCUUACUGGUGCAGUCAUUAUCAAACAUGCUAGUUACAAUGUAGGGUUGACUGUGACUUUCUUAGCAUAUUUUUCAAUUGAGAUCUAUAUCAUAUUUUUCAUCAAGGAGAGUCAUGGACCUUUUGCCAAGAAGGAACUCCAAAGCAAAGGAUCAUUUAAGAGUAGAAUUGGUGAGAUUCCAAAGGAACAAGUCACCAUUUCACUCAUGAUAAAAGAUUUUUUCAACUGGAGAAGAGUUGUAGAGUCUUUUAAAACAGCACUCCGCAAGAGAGACGGAAACACUCGUUGUGUGCUCUUGAUCGUUAUUGGGUCUAACAUGAUUCGUCGUGUUGGUAGAGGAUUCUUCAUGUACAUGUUUGUCAGACAAGCACUACAAUGGGAUGCGACAGAUUAUGGAUAUUGGGCUACAUACAGACAACUUCUGAUUUCACUGGGUUCUAUGGUCUUGGUUCCUCUACUGACAAAACUUUGUGAUAUCAGAGAUGAAGGAUUAGUGGUGCUAGGUUCCAUAUCAAUCAUUACCGAAUAUGUUUGUUAUGGUCUUGUCACGAACAAAUCACAUUUUUUCUUCUUAUGGCUGGGACCUGUAGCAGGUCUCAUUUCCAAUGCCAGCGUCGUUGCCUUUAGGUCAUUACCUACAAAGCUGGUUGGCAGCAAUGAAAAAGGCCGUAUCAGUGCUGUCACAUGUGCCAUGAAUGGGCUCAUGCCGAUGGUGGCUUAUGCUGUUUAUUCACCAGUGUACUACAGCACAGUGGAUUCCUUCCCAUCAGCACAAUUCUUCGUCGGUGGCUGCCUCAAUCUCCUCAUCCUGGCAAUGUUUGUCUUCGUCCAGGUGAUGAAUGUUUCUUCUUCGUACGACAAGAAGGAUUUGGAAUCUGGCCUUGCCAAAACCAGCAACAUACUUGGUGAUGAUGUGUUCAAGAACAGGACCGCUGUCACACUUACGGGUCUCGUCCGAACAUUUAGGGGCUCAGUACAGCAGGACAGUACAACGCUGGAAAGUUAUCAAACUCCAGGUAAAGAUAAUCACACUCAGGCCCACGGAGCUUUGAAGGACGUGCAAGAAUUUGGAACACCAGGAACCAAGAAAACUUUGACGGGUGUAAUUAACCAUUCGUUUUUAUGCGACGAUGAAGGAAGUCUAUGCACGAUUGAUUUCCAAACAAGCAGAGCAAACAGUAAAUCGGCUACCACUGCUGUUGGAGCAGCCACGCAACCCAAUAUACUAAGUCAGGGAAGUACCAUUAGCACAGCGAAGGAUUGCAUUUGUCACUGUGAGGAGGCCACGUGUCACUCUCUCCCACCCGACAAUUUCUGUGACCCAGCAGAUAAAACUCCUGCCAGUGCGUAAAUAUCAAAAUAUUAUAUAUAUAUAUAUAUAUAUAUAUAUAUAUAUAUAUAUAUAUAUAUAUAU